AUGGCUGACGAACAUUCCAUUCGGGCCUUUGGCCCAGCUCGAUCUACCAUCAAGGGCAACCCGCUCAAUGCCUCCGAUAUUGCCCUGUACAAUGACUACUUCAAGGCCAGCUGCUACUUGUCUCUGGGCAUGAUUUAUCUGCGAGAAAACCCACUGCUCCGUGAGCCUCUCAAAAGAGAACACUUGAAGCAGCGUCUUCUGGGUCAUUUUGGGUCUGCUCCCGGUCAGAUCUUCACUUAUAUGCACUUCAACCGUCUCAUCAAGAAGUACGAUUUGAACGCGUAUUUCGUUUCUGGUCCUGGCCAUGGAGCUCCCGCUGUGUUGUCACAGUCUUAUCUAGAGGGAGUCUAUUCGGAAGUCUACCCUGAGAAAUCCCGGGAUAUCGAGGGUCUCCAGAAGUUCUUCAAGUACUUCUCAUUCCCAGGUGGCAUUGGUUCGCAUGCCACCCCCGAGACGCCUGGAUCUAUCCACGAAGGUGGUGAACUGGGCUAUUCGAUUUCCCACGCCUUUGGCUCAGUCUUUGACCAUCCAGACCUGAUUGCGCUGACUAUGGUCGGUGAUGGCGAAGCUGAAACUGGCCCGCUCGCCACUUCCUGGCACUCAACCAAAUUUCUGAACCCAAUAACUGAUGGCGCUGUCCUGCCAGUGUUGCAUCUAAAUGGCUACAAAAUCAACAAUCCCACUGUUCUUGCCCGUAUCUCUCACGACGAGCUCAAGAACUUGUUCAUUGGCUAUGGCUGGGAGCCCUUCUUUGUCGAGGGUGAUGAAUUGGACAGUAUGCAUCAAGCUAUGGCCUCAACCCUCGAGCAUUGUGUCGGCCUCAUCAAGGAUUACCAAAAGAAGGCGCGUGACAGCGGCAAAGCUUUCCGUCCCAGAUGGCCAAUGAUUGUUUUGCGAACGCCUAAGGGGUGGACUGCGCCUCGAAAAGUCGACGAUAACUAUCUUGGAGGCUUCUGGAGAGCUCACCAAGUUCCCAUCACCGAUGUCAACACAAACGCCGAUCAUCUCAAGGUUCUUGAAUCUUGGAUGCGUAGCUACGAGCCUGAUAGGCUUUUCGACAAGGAAGGUGCACCAAUUGCCGCUUUGCGAAAACUGUGUCCAGACGGACAUCGUCGCAUGAGCGCCAACUUGGUCGCAAAUGGAGGUCUUAUCAAGAAGCCACUCAAGAUGCCCGAUUUCAAAGACUACGCCAUCAAAGUUGACCAUCCUGGCGCCACCAUGGUUGGGAGCAUGACAAACAUGGCAGGCUUCCUGAGAGACGUCAUGGCCCGGAACAUGCAUAACUUUAGGCUGUUUGGCCCCGAUGAAACCGAAUCGAACAAGUUGUCACGAGUUUACGAGGCGGGCAAGAAAGUCUGGAUGGGCGACUACUUCGAGGAGGAUGCCAACGGCGGCAACCUUGCCAUGGCUGGACGAGUCAUGGAAAUGCUGUCUGAGCAUACUUGCGAAGGGUGGCUUGAGGGCUACGUCUUGAGCGGCAGACAUGGCUUGCUCAACAGUUACGAGCCUUUUAUCCAUGUCAUUGACUCCAUGGUCAAUCAGCACUGCAAGUGGAUUGAAAAGUGUCUCGAGGUGGAGUGGCGAGCAAAGGUUGCUUCACUCAACAUUCUCCUUACAGCUCUUGUUUGGAGGCAGGACCACAAUGGCUUCACCCACCAGGACCCUGGCUUCCUUGAUGUGGUUGCCAACAAGAGCCCCGAGGUUGUUCGUAUUUACUUGCCCCCAGACGGUAACUGUCUUUUGUCUGUCAUGGACCACUGCCUGAGGUCUAAUAACUACGUCAACGUGAUUGUUGCCGACAAGCAGGACCACCUGCAGUACCUCGACAUGGAGGCAGCUAUCCAGCACUGCACCAAGGGUAUCGGUAUCUGGCCCAAGUUCAGCACUGACACUGGAUGCGAACCCGACCUGAUUAUGGCAUCCUGCGGCGAUAUCAGCACCCAAGAGUCACUCGCCGCCGUCGAUCUUUUGCUCGGAUUCUUCCACGAUCUGAAGAUUCGAUUCGUCAAUUGCGUCGACCUGUUCAAGCUCAUCCACCCGUCUGACCAUCCCCAUGGUCUCACCGACAAGGAAUGGGUCAGCCUAUUUACCGACAACACUCCCAUCAUCUUCAACUUCCACAGCUAUCCCUGGAUGGUGCAUCGUCUCACGUACAAGCGACCCGGCAGCCAGAACUUACAUGUCCGUGGAUACCGCGAGAAGGGCAACAUCGACACCCCGCUGGAACUGGCCAUCCGCAACCAGACUGAUCGAUUCAGUCUCGCCAUCGAUGCUAUCGACCGUAUGACGUGUCUGGGCAACCGUGGUGCCUCUGCCCGACAGUCCCUCUUGGAUCAGCAGAUUGCUGCGCGAAAUGAGGCAUUCGAGAUGGGCAUGGAUCCACCAGCAUUGUCCAAGUGGACAUGGCAGCGGGAUGGAUUGUGGAAGAAGGCUGCUGAAAAGAUGACCAUUAACGCGAAAUAA